CAAAAUAUGCAGCAUCAGCUGGAGCAGCUGCGAGAGCUGCAACAACAGCAACAGCUACAGGAACAGCUACAGUUACAGGAACAACAUCCGCUGCUGUCAGCCAUUACGGAGAAUAAUUAUGCUCAAACGCAACGCGUGCAUUAUCCCAACCAUUACUAUCCGAACCAUUACCAUUACCAGCAACAGGGACGACCACUGCUGGCCGCCGGCAGCAGCCACAACGGUGCUUAUGCAGGCACUGCACCAUCCAGCGGACAUUCCGGCUAUGGCGGCAUCGAGCCAUCGGUGGAGUACGAAUUGCAGCAGACGCCACCCUCGGGCAGCUUCUCCUCGUACCAGGCCAGCGCUGGAAGUGCGCCCGCACAUCCGCCCGCUCAUAUGCCGCAUAUGCCCCAUAUGCCCCAUAUGCCUCAUAUGCCCCAUCCGCCUCAUCCGCCCCAUCCGCCAGCAUCGCAUCCAUAUUCGUAUCCAAAGCCGAAGCCACCACCGCAACCCACCAGGAGCUCCGGAAAGAAAUCGAAGAGAAACUCCGGUGCGGUGAUGUCCGCGCUGACGCUUCUCUCGUUCUUCUUCUUCCUGAACCUGCUGCAGAACUGCCUCAAGGAUCACAUGUCCGAUAUGAAUCCCACCGUUAUGGUGCUCACGGACACCGGCGGUCGCAAUCGCUUCAAUAAAUUAGCGGAGAUGAACUCACGCGAACAAACCUCAUCGACGACCCCAUCUUGGCAGCAGGCUGCCUUAGUACCCGUGCCGGACUAUGCACCCGGACCCCUGCCCAUCUCCAGUCCGUCGCCGCCCAUUAUUGUUAACCCCACGGUGGUGUUGCAGUCGCCAUAUAGCGGAGCUGCUGCUGCUGCCGCUGCCGUGGUGACUAAUAAGCCCCAGUACCAGCAGCACCAGCAGCAGCAGCAGCAGCCCCUGCCGCAUCCUCACCAACACCAACACGAACACCACCAUAAUCACAAUCCAGCAACGGACUCACAUCAUUAUCCAGCGCCAGCACCCCCCAGCGUUGAUAAUGAUGAGAAUGAUGAUGAUGUUUAUAAUUACGAACAUCGGAGACCACGACCACGACCAUCCCCACAAACCAGCGCCAGCGCCAGCGCCGCGGACUUCUAUCCUAAUCGCACAACACACAUUGAGCACUCGUCCCGUCCCGACUUUGACUCCGAUUCAGAUUCCGAUUACUAUCAGCACCACUACUACCCCGAACGGCACCGCUACUCGGACAACUCCCGCCACAGCAAUUCACGGCGUCCUUGGUCUCAUGGCGCCAGCAGCAGCAGCAGCAGGCAACGCUACUCAUCCGCACCAUGGUCUUCAGCUUCGUUGGGCGCUCAGUCGGGCGUGAGCUCUUACUUGGAUAAUGCCCAGCGCCGUCAAGGUGAUGAUGAUGAUGCUGCUGCUGCUGCUGCUGACCAUGACUAUGACGAUGACGACGAUGACGAUGGACGGCAUCGGCGUCGCGGUGAUGCUUUCUAUACACGCAUUAAUUGAAUGCAAGAAGACCACGGACCACGCCAC